AUGAGCGCAACCCCUCUCGAUGCGAACGCCCAAGGGCGCUUCGAUCUGAUCAAUGAGAACCUUGCGGAGAUGAUGAACCCCGAGAUCAUUGAGCAGAUUCUUGCCGAAGGCCGCAAUCCCCGCGUCUACUGGGGUACUGCCACCACCGGACGUCCUCACACCGGAUAUCUUGUCCCUGCUAUCAAGAUCGCACAACUACUGGCUGCGGGCUGCGAGGUGGUUAUUCUGCUGGCUGACGUCCACGCCUUCCUGGACAACCUGAAGGCCCCCAUCGAGCUCGUCAACAACCGCGCACAGUACUACCGCAAGGUGAUCACCGCUCUGCUGCAGGCCGUCGGUGUCUCGACUGAGAAGUUGGAGUUCGUCCUCGGAUCUUCGUACCAAAAGAGUCCCGAAUAUGUGUUUGAUGUCUACAAGCUGUCCUCGCUGGUCAGCGAGCAUGAUGCCAAAAAGGCCGGUGCCGAGGUUGUGAAGCAGUCCUCAAACGCGCCAUUGAGUGGUCUCCUUUACCCUAUUCUCCAGGUUCUGGACGAAGAAUAUCUCAAGGUUGAUGCCGAGCUUGGCGGUAUGGACCAGCGCAAGCUUUUUGCCGCUGCGGUCGAGUGGGCGCCCAAAAUUGGACACCGCAAGCGUGCACACCUGCUUAACAAAAUGGUACCUGGCCUCAACAACGCCAAGAUGAGCUCUAGCGACGAAGCUAGCAAGAUUGACCUCCUGGACUCUCCCGAGGCUAUCACCAAGAAGAUCCGCAAAGCGGAAGCCGCCCCGAAGGUGGUCGAGGAGAACGGUCUGAUCGCCAUGGUAGAAUUCACCUUCCUCCCUGCGUCCGACCUGAAGGGCAAGAAGGAGUUCGUCGUGGAGCGCAAGGACGCCGAGCCCCUCGUCUACACUGACAUUGAGAAGCUCAAGGAGGACUACCGCAACGAUGUUUUGACCCCGCAACUACUCAAGGCCGGUGUCACAGCGGCACUGACCGGUUUGAUGACAUCCAUCCAAGAAGCCUACCAGGCCGACGCCGAGUGGCAGGAGAUUACCCUGAGGGCCUACCCGCCCGUGGAGAAGGAGAAGAAGGUUAAGAAGGUCAAGAACAAGGGCUCCCGUCACCCCGGUGCUCAGGCCCAGGGCCAAGCUCCCCAUGAGCAGGAUCUUCCUGAGCGGCCGAAGGCUUAA